UGAAGCUUCUCUUCGAUCGGCUGCGGUUUUUAUCACCAACGUGACCUGAUCACGAGUUAGAUGUCACGUGACAUGACGGCUGUACUUCUGCAGUAGUUCACGGGAGACUUUACUGCACAUCAGGGUGUAAAGAUGCACGCGGGGUUCAGUGUGUUACUGGUUGGGGCACUGGGAGUACUGGGAGUGUUGGGAGCUCCAGAUGCCGAUGCGAUUAAGUCUCUCCCCGGACUUUCUAAACAGCCGGAUUUCAGACAGUAUUCAGGAUACCUCACUGUGGCUGGCAACAAACACCUCCACUACUGGUUUGUGGAGUCGCAAAAGGACCCGGAGAAAAGCCCUGUGGUGCUGUGGCUGAAUGGAGGACCAGGCUGUAGCUCGUUGGAUGGCCUGCUCACUGAACACGGCCCUUUUCUGGUUCAAGAUGAUGGCACUACUCUACAGUACAACCCUUAUUCUUGGAAUAUGAUUGCUAAUGUGCUAUACCUGGAGUCACCAGCAGGUGUCGGCUUUUCCUACUCUGAAGACCAGAAAUACGCAACCAAUGACUCUGAGGUGUCCAUGAAUAACUACUUGGCCCUCAAGGAAUUUUUCAGACUUUUCCCAGAGUACAGCAAGAACGAGCUUUACCUCACAGGCGAGAGUUACGGAGGCAUUUACAUCCCUACACUAGCUGAGAGAGUUUUGGAGGACAGUAGCCUCAACCUGCAGGGUAUAGCUGUUGGAAAUGGCUUGUCCAGCUAUGAACUGAAUGACAACUCUCUCAUCUAUUUUGCAUAUUUCCAUGGACUGCUUGGAGAAAGUUUAUGGGCAAUGCUGCAAAAAUAUUGCUGCAUAAAUGGACAAUGUAACUUCUAUAACAAUUCAGACCCGUCAUGCGCUGAUACAGUAAACCAGGCACAGCAAAUAGUCUACAAUAUUGGACUUAACAUUUAUAACCUGUAUGCUGAUUGUGCUGGUGGAGUUCCUUACAGUACCAGUGUGGAAAAUGGACGGCUUGUUAUUCAUGACCUGGGCAACAACUUCCUAAAAAACAAGUGGUCCAACUCAUGGAAUCAGAAACUGCAAGCACUUGGCUCUACUUUCAAACAGCUGAAGCUAGAUCCUCCCUGUGUCAACUCGACCCCAUCUGCUAUGUACCUGAACGACCCCUAUGUGAAGUCUGCUCUUCACAUCUCCCCUAAAGCACUUGCCUGGGAGAUUUGCAGUGCUGAGGUCAAUCUCAACUAUAACCGUCUCUACAUGGAUGUGAAGAAGCAGUACAUGAAGAUACUUGGCACACUGAAAUACCGCGUGCUGGUGUACAACGGAGAUGUGGACAUGGCCUGCAAUUUCCUGGGUGAUGAGUGGUUUGUCGAGUCCCUUCAGCAGGAGGUCCAAGUGAAGCGCAGGCCAUGGUUCUACAACAACGGGGAGACUAAGCAGAUUGGUGGUUUCGUUAAGGAGUUCUCAAAUCUUUCUUUCCUUACUGUCAAGGGUUCUGGUCACAUGGUCCCCACUGAUAAGCCAAUAGCAGCCUUCGCCAUGUUCAGCCGUUUCAUCACAAAGCAGCCGUACUAAUGUUCCUACAUGUUCCGCACUGUUUGGUUGGGACUUGCACUGAAUCACUGUGAUGUACCGUGUUCUAGAGUAAUCAAAUUCUGGUGUAUAGUGGCUGAUUGUGCCGACAUUUUUUAAUUUUUUAUUAAACUAUAUGGUUGAAAUGAGAAUUGUGAACCGCAGACUGCAAUAGUUCCAUUUCGCUUCGAGUGACUGUGUAAUCGUGACACUAGGAGCUUGACUGCAGUAGCUGCUAAUCGCUUAACGUUCAACUGUUCUGACGAUUUUUCACUGUCUUGCAGGAAGCCGCAAAAUAAAUAUUCACGAGGGUAAAAGGGAUUUGUUAUUUCACAAGAAGAAAUGCAUGACCAAAACGAACAUAGGAUUUACAUAGACCUAGAUUUCUUCAGUUGCUCAGGGUUGCUUUAAAUUGAUUCGACUUUCUAAAGGAAGGUAUUGAUGUGCCUUUAAAUCAGUGUUUCAUUUUUUUCUUGUAUUGUCAAAAUAAACCUGAACAUUUAAA